CAACAGACUGCCAUGUUGAAACAGUGGGCAUGGCCUCAUGGCGUCACCAUAAAGAAAAAACCCAGAUGUUUUCAGCUGAUCUCCAGUCUGAAGCUCCUCCAGUGUUCGUGGAGAAGCUGAAGCUCCUGCAGGCGAACUCUCACGAAAAGGUGUCCAGAAAGGUGGAGCUGCUGAUGUUCCUGAGCUUCUGAUCUACCGCAGUAAAGUUGCUCUUAUAUUCCAGAUCCGACAUACAUUCGCACUCCCGACGUCCGUGGCGUUAACAGAGCGCAUGGCGACACUUCCUCUUCCAUAUUCCUCCUCCACAGAGCAAAAACCCCUCCCUGCGCUGUUCCUGUUCACUGGAAGGGCUUUUGAAAAGAAAUCACCCCGAACUGAACCCGCACUGAGCGGAUCUUCACCUACAAAAGUCAGUCAUGGCUUGCUCCAGCAGUGUCCUGUCUGAAGAUCAGCUCCAGUGCUCUAUCUGUCUGGAUAUCUUCACUGAGCCAGUCUCGACUCCAUGUGGACACAACUUCUGCAUGGUCUGUCUCAAAGAGUGCUGGGACAGCAGUCCACGCUGCCAGUGUCCAGUUUGUAAGGAGGAGUUCUCCAAAAGGCCUGAGCUACGUGUGAACACGUUUAUCUCUGGACUGGCUGCUCAGUUCAGGACGUCAGUCCAGGUGAAGUCCAGCAGAGCUCCAGAAAAACCUCCUUCCAAAUCUACAAAAGUGCUGUGUGACUCCUGCACUGAGAAAAAGCUUGAGGCUCUAAAGUCCUGUCUGGACUGUGGAUUAUCUUACUGCAGUGACCAUCUGAAGCUUCAUAAAACAACACCUAAACUCCAGAAACACAAACUGAUGGACCCUGUGGAGAACCUGGAGGACUACAUCUGCCAGAAACACGAGAGACCCCUGGAGCUGUUCUGUAGAGACGACCAGAUGUGUGUGUGUCAGUUCUGCACUGAGACAGACCAUAAGACCCACAGCACUGUUCCUGUAGAGGAGGAGAGUGGACAGAAGAAGACUCAGCUGGUGAAGACACAGGUUGAAGUUCAGCAGAUGAUCCAGGACCGACUGAAGAAGAUUGAGGAAAUCAAUCAUUCUGUAAAACUCAACAAAAGAAACACAGAGAAGGAGAAAGCAGACAGUAUGGAGGUCUUCAGAGCUCUGCUGUGCUGCAUUGAGAGAAUCCAGGCGGAGCUGCUUGAGGUGAUGGAGGAGAAGCAGAAAGCAGCAGAGAGGCAGGCUGAAGAGUUCAUUAAAGAGCUGGAGAAGGAAAUCGCUGAGCUAAAGCGGAGAGAUACUGAGCUGGAGCAGCUCUCCCACACUGAGGACCACCUCCACCUCCUACAGGUUUACCCGUCCCUCUGCAGCCGUCCACUCACCAAGAACUGGACUGAGGUCAGGAUUAAGACUGAGCACAGUGGGGAGACUCUGAGGAGCGCUCUGACUCAGCUUCAGCGAUCACUCAGUGAGAAGAUGGAUGACACUGAAAUGAAGAGAAUUCAGCAAUAUGCGGUGGAUGUAACUCUGGAUUCUGAAACGGCUUAUCCUGAUCUGUUCCUCUCUGAUGAUGGGAAACAAGUAACAUACGGCGACACUCGACGGAAUCUCCCUGAUAAUCCAGAGAGGUUUGAUCAGUGUUCCUAUGUUCUGGGAAAGGAGGGGUUCUCCUCAGGGAGAUUGUACUAUGAGGUGCAGGUCAGAGGUAAGACUAAGUGGAAAUUAGGAGUGGUCAGAGAGUCCAGUAACAGGAAGGGGCUGAUUACACCCAGCCCUGAGGAUGGAUCCUGGUCUGUGUGGCUGAUGAAUGAGACUGAAUAUAAAGCUCUGGUCUCUCCCCGUGUCCCACUCUCCCUGAAACAGGCUCCCCAGAAGGUGGGGGUGUUUGUGGAUUAUGAGGAGGGUGUGGUCUCCUUCUAUGAUGUUGAGGCCAGAUCUAAUAUCUACUCUUUCACUGGUCAGUCUUUCAAUGAGAGGAUCUAUCCACUGUUUAGCCCCUGUUUCAAUGAUGGAGGUGAAAACUCAGCACCACUGAUCAUCACACCUGUUCAACAUUAGAAAUGACGAUCUUUUGUCACACAGAAAUAUUUUAGCAGAUUAGAUUAAAAUACUUUAGUGUUCAUCCAAUACCUGCUUUAUCUAAUCAGUGUUUCAUUAUGUUAAAUCAGCUGCUUCUGAUGGAAUUUAAUAAUCCAUGUGGUCUCUGGAGGCGUCCAGGAGAAAUCUGGGACCAAACUUUGAUCUUCAGAUUGAUCUCACAGGACAUCAACCACUUUCUACAAAACUAGACAUUUAUUUUAGUUCUUAAUGUUUUUCAUGUUCAUAUGCCUUUUGCUGUUGUCAGAACAAAACCUCAUAUCUCCUAAAUGGUAACUUUACAGGAGAAGGAAAAAACCUUCUUUAUUUUUAAUGGAAGUCAAUGGAACCAGUCUUGUUUCCAAGUCAUUUUGGGCCCUUUGCUUUGGCCCAUUCAUCAAGUUUUCAAACAAUGUAAAGAGCGACAGGAAUUUUCUAAAUAUGUCCAAACCUGAGAAACAACAGAAAUGGAGAUACAAGGUUUUGUCACGACAGCAGCAAUUUAUAUGCUUAUAUCUUGUUGGAUAAAUAGUUGCAGUACUGUAUAACAAUGAAAUUACACAGUGAAUGAGUGAAGAAGGUAAAUAAAGAAAAAAAUCACUGUAUUUUUGCCAGUUUGUCAGUGUUAAACAUUUUUAUAUUUUGCUCAUUAAAUUCCACAACUUUUAAGAAGUAAAUGUUAAUGUUUGUAUUUUAUUAAAUAUUAAAAUGUGUUCAUCAAAA